UAUUUAAAAUUUACUGCAUGGUUUAAAUUCUACACAGUUAUUAAAAACUUGGUACGUACCUAUAUUUUUACAGCUAUCUACUCUGAAUCGUAUAAUUAAAAAUAUUUUAUAUGAAAAAUUACUAUGAUAUAGGAGUAUAGGACGUAUAUGGUAUGUAAUAUAGCAGGGGUGGCUAACUUGUGGCUCGCUUUUUAUUAACAGAAACCAAAAUUUACUUAUUAUUAUUAUGAAUUUUAUUUUUCGCAUCCAUUUCUAGGUUAAUUUUAAUACUUAAUUUUAUAUGUUUAUUGGCAGUUAGGUAUCGCUAUUACAUAGAUCAAAUUAUAAAAAUUAUAAAAUGUACCUAUUAUAAAGAUUUUGACUCUUGAUAUCAUUGUACUUAUCCAUGAGGCUAGCGAACAUAUUCAUGUUGGCCACCCUUGUAAUUGAGUACCAUAUUAUGUGACUAUAUUUUAAAUAGUAUUAUGUAUUAAUGAAUAGGUACAUAAUAUUAUAGUGUUUUUAAUGCAGACAAUUUUGCAGUACGGCGGAGGUUUUGAUGUUAUGGAAAAAAAAACAUUUUAAUUCCUAUAAAUAUACCGUGCUAUUAUAUUAUUUACAUUGACCCAACAAAAAGAAAAUUGGUUGUUUCCAUAACAACAUUUCAUAAACACUGUCAGAAGUAUAAAAUAGUGUAAUUGAUCAACGCAUGCGAUUAUAAUACUCAUAGAACGUCGACUAUUGUACUUUUACCAUUUCAUUUAUGUUCGUAUGUUAACUGAAUGCUGAACACUUAAAAAUUGAGAGUUCGUUUGAUUGUUGACUAAUGACAGAGAAAACAAAGUACAACGAAGACACGGUGGCAGUGUGGAAACUACCACUAGCAGACGGUAUUCAUGAAAUAGAAUUUGAACACGGGACAGCAACUGGUAAAAGAGUCGUUAGAUUAGAUGGAAAAAUAGUCAGACGAAAAGAUUGGAUGUUUCGAUUAGUCGGAGAUGAAGUUUUCGAUAUAGACAAGAUACAAUGCACUAUCAAAGUAGAACCAGAUGGGUUGUUUAUGUACACAUACGAUUUAUUGGUUGACGGAAAGAGCUUGGAAGAUUUUUGUGAAUACAUCUCAAAAAAUCGGUCUACUUGGUUAAUUAUUGCGGACAAUGGUGUUGAACACCGAAUUAUUCUUGAUAAAGCCACUAUGGAUAUUAUUGUAAAUGGAACUCAAGUUACAGACGCAAUGUCUGAAUUCAUUGAAAACGGUACAGAAACACAUUUUGCUGUCGGUGAAAUGUUAGUAACAAUACGUACUGAACACAGUUGUGAUAAAAAAAUUGGUGUCGUGCACAGUCUUUUCGUUAAUGGUGCUAUAGUUUCAGAACUAUAAUAUUUUAUGAAUUAUUUUUUGAACUAAUUAGAUAUUAUUAUAUUAUUGUAUAAGUGUUAUAUAAAUAAGUUACCUAGCAAGAAAAA